AUGCUGAGCACUGUCCAGAAAUCAAGAAUGGUACAGACACACCCGGGCUCGCGCCGGAUGAAGCCCCGGUGUGUUGUUGAGUAUAAUGCAGGGAUGAAGGGCGUUGAUCUCGGAGAUCAAUUAGCAGCUUCGUAUCAUUCAGUGAGAUCACUGAAGUGGUACAAGCUUUUUUUCAACUACGACUUGGCUGUGAUAAACACCUUUUCCGUGUACAAGCUCUUAGGCCAUGCUCGGGUGGAUCAGGCCGACUUCAGAAUGGACCUGGCCAUGGAUAUAAGAAAUCACUUUGUCCCACAGAAGGAACCAUUUAGCAGAAGGGGGCGGCCCUCAUCACUGCCAUCGCCUGCUCGUAUUGCAGGCGGGACGAGCCAUCCUGUGCGGAAGAUUCCCAGCAAGAAGUACCGGCGCUGCUUCCCAUGUUACUGUGCGGGCAAGAGGAAGAUGGCCCGGAGCACGUGUGGGACCUGCCAAGUAGCACUAAGCACCUACGGAUGCUUUGAAAGAUAUCAUAGUCCCAGCAGACUAUGA